GCGAAAUCCCGACCCAAUCUGUGUUUUUGUUGAUUUGUGAAGAAGCGGUUUAAGCCCUCCAUUCCAUUCCAUUGCUGAAACCAGACAAGACAGACCCAAUUUAACAUAGAAAAGAGAAGAAGUGGAAUCUUGCUUUCUCUCUCUCUCUCUCCCUCGUUUUCAUUCCAUUUUGCCCUCUUCUUCUAACACUGCGAUUACGCAUACACGCGUGUGUGUUCUCUUUCUGCUUUCAUCCAUCAUCGUAUCCAUUUCUUCUCCUCUUUUCUAUACAACCCAUUCUAGGCUUUGUUUCUUAAUCAAUUUCUCUGAUAUAAUAAUAAACUCACCUUGCCUGAGAUUUACAGGUACUCAUCAUACAACUGUUACUACUCAGGUUGCGGCAGCCUCCUGUCGAAGAUGUUGGUUUUUUGGGGUUAAAUUUAGAGUAUUUAAGAGGAUUGUUGUUUAGAACUUGUAGGUCAAGGUCUGAUGAGAAUUAUCGGGGGAAUGCAGAAAUUGAUUUUUGAUAAGAAGAUUGUAAAGUGUUGGUCAGAAUCUUUCAGCCUUGGAAUUGGCGUGGCUGUUCCUAAAGCUAGGACGCGUGAUAAGAUCAAGAAUCGGACUUUGCACCUUUGAUUUUGGGGAGUGAUUUGGGGUCAAGCUGAAGGUGAAAACAAGAUGACCCGAAUUUUGGUUCAGAGAGGGUCUUCUUCAAGCUCAUCAUCUUCGUCUAACCCAAACAGGACAGGAUCAUUACCCAAUUCUUCUUUGCCUUCUUCAUCAACUACUCCAGUACAGCAUCAGUUGCCCUCCUCUUCAACAACUACUCCGUUACCUUCUCUGAAAGAUGAUCAAAUUGAAGAGGAAGUACAACAACGGCCAUGUCUAGAUGACUCUUCUGAGGAUCCUUGCAUGAAUGCAGAUCAAGUUGCUAAAACUGAUGAUAUUUGUUUGAUAACCUAUCCCCAAGAUUCUUCUGAUGAUGGACCUGUUGAAUCCGAGAAGAUUAGGGAUGAUGAUUUGAAUUUGAAUACCAGGGAAGUGAUGAAAGAAGGUUAUGGACUGCAAAUAAAUGAGGAAGAUGUGGGCGUCAGUAAUGUCCCUGUGCAGAUUACAAGCAGUACCUCAUAUCCGCCUCCUCCUCCAGUUCCUCCUCCAAAACUUUCUCCAGUCAAUACAAGUGCCAGGUUGGGCAUGAGUGGUACUUUAAAUUCCCAAAGGAGUGGAUCGUCAAGAAGAGCAACUGCAUGGCCAGUUGUUUCAGCAAGGUCUUCGCCAAAUGGCUCCAGGCCAUCUUCCCCAAGAUCCCAUUGCGAAAAUGAGGGUUAUAAUAGUGCUGACGAGCAAGGGCCUUGCUUUGUGUCCUCAUAUAAUGAUACUGAGAGAGAGCGCCAAUUUGAAAUUGAUAUCAGGCGUGUGAAGGGGUUUGAAUUAAGGAGAAUGCUAGAGGAUGGAAAUUGUCUUUUUCGUGCUGUUGCUGAUCAGGUUUAUGGGGAUUCUGAACUUCAUGAUUUGGUUAGACAAAUGUGCAUCGAUUACAUGGAGCAAGAAAGAGACCACUUCUCUCAAUUUAUGACAGAAGGUUUUACAUCUUAUAUUCAGAGGAAAAGAAGGAAUAAGGUUUAUGGAAACAAUAUCGAGAUCCAAGCAUUGGCUGAAAUGUAUAACCGACCCAUUCACAUUUACUGCUAUAGUACAGAACCUAUCAACAUAUUUCAUGGAAGCUAUAAUACAGAUGUACCACCUAUUCGACUUAGUUUCCAUUCUGGGAAUCAUUACAAUUCACUUGUUGAUCCUCGAAGGCUGGCUAUUGGUGCUGGGCUUGGCUUUAGCUCUCUACAAGGGAGAAACAUUGAUAGGGAUCAAGUGAAAGCUGCUAUCAAAGCACAACAAGACCAACAGAUUGAUAAUGCACUUCUGGCAGAAGGACGAUUCUACUCGGAUCUUGAGCUUACAGAGAAGGAGAUGGAGCGUAUGGUAAUGGAAGCUUCUCGGGCUGAGUAUCUUACAAGUGAUAAGUUCAACCAACAAUCGAACUGGAGACAGUCUUCUACUCCUGGUGCAGAACCAUCGUCCUCCGGUGGUGCUAGGUCAUCUGGAAGUGAAACAGCAGCUAAGGUGCUUAGCAGCAGUGUGCAGAUGGUAUUGUCAAUGGGUUUCAGUUACAUGCAGGCUAUGGAGGCAUAUAGCAUAUUCGGAGAUGAUGUCGAUUCGAUGAUUUGUUAUCUGAUCGAGACUGGGAACAGCAGCCGUCAGAAAGGAAAGGCGAGGGAAUGAAUGAAUGAAUCGAUCUUGAGUUUUAAUAAAACUUGCUGUGAACUUCUUCUUAUUAGCAGAUGUAAUGUUUAGAAUGAGUAAAAUUAGAUUGCAAUAAUAUGUGUUUUACAUUCU